GGCGCUAAGCUCGUUUUUAAUAAUGGCUUCGUCCAUAGAAGAAUCAUCAGCCAAAGCAAAUGAAGAUGCUUGGAGUAUUAAAAUUCCACCAUUCACUAAAGAAGAUAAUCCCCGUGGAUUAGUUUGUGAGAGUGCAUUUGCAACACUUUUUCCCAAAUACCGAGAGAAGUACCUCCGUGAAUGCUGGCCUUUAGUGAAAAAUGCUCUAUCAGAACAUGGAGUUAAAGCAGAAUUGGAUGUGGUAGAGGGAAGCAUGACAGUAGCAACAACAAGAAAAACGUGGGACCCUUAUAUCAUCAUCAAAGCGAGGGACAUGAUCAAGUUACUAGCUAGAAGUGUACCAUAUGAACAGGCAAUAAAAGUUUUGAAUGAUGACAUGGGAUGUGACAUUAUUAAGAUAGGCAGCUUGGUUCGUAACAGAGAAAGAUUUGUGAAAAGGAGGCAACGACUUAUUGGUCCAAAUGGUUCCACAUUGAAAGCUAUUGAAUUGCUCACCAACUGCUAUGUUUGUGUCCAAGGAAACACUGUUGCUGGCCUUGGUCCUUAUAAGGGAUUACAACAUGUCCGAAAAAUUGUUGAAGAAACAAUGAAAAACAUUCACCCAAUCUACAACAUUAAGGCCCUAAUGAUUAAGCGAGAAUUGGCGAAAGACCCAAAGUUAAAAAAUGAAAAUUGGGAACGAUUUCUUCCCAAAUUCAAAAGUAAAAAUAUCAGCAAAAGGAAACAACCAAAGAAAAGGAGAAACAAGGGUGAAUAUACUCCUUUCCCUCCUCCUCAGCCAGAAAGCAAGGUUGAUAAGGAACUGGCUACUGGUGAAUAUUUUCUGAAAGAAACAGAAAGAAAAGCUAAAAAACUUAAAGAAAAACAAGAGCAAAAAGCUAAUGCUGAGAUAAAGAGACAAGAAAAAAGAAGUCAGUCAUUCAUUGCUCCAGAUGAACCUGUCCACAAGAAGAAACAACAUCAGAAUGAAUCAGAUGUAGAUAUCAAUAGACUGAAAAAGAAAUUGAAGUACUCUCAGAAACAAGGCUUUAGACAAACAGUGAAGCCCUCUACUCCUGGUACUAAGGAAGCUAAAAAGGACAAGAAAAAGAAAAAAGAGAAAUAAUGCCAAUUGGAUUGUGCAAGUUUUACAGUUUAUAGUAUUUCAGAAGACUGGCUUGUAAAUAAAUUUUUAUUAACAUGAUUAUAUUUGUG